CCCCUCCCCGUUUACAAGUCAUGAUGGCGGAACUGUAGACCUCGGUACGCCGGAGUGCACCACCGCCCGUCCUCGUCCAGCAACUGUACAUACUUAUUUAUUCACACCGCCAGUUCCACACUCUUCCCCGCAAUGACCCGUUGGAUUCCUACUAAAAAGGAGAAGUACGGAGUCGCAAUCUACAAUUAUGAUCCCAGUGGCGAGCAGGAGCUGCGUCUACAGGUGGGGGACACGGUGCACAUACUUGAGAAAUUGGAAGGCUGGUAUAGGGGCUACACACUACGCAAGAAAUCACACAAGGGCAUUUUUCCAGCGUCCUACAUCCACUUAAAGGAGGCUACAGUUGAGGGAGUAGGCCAGCAGGAAAUAAUUAUUCCAGCAGAUGUACCCCUGGUCCAGGAGCUUGGGGCGACUCUACGAGAAUGGGCACAAAUAUGGCACAAUCUCUUUGUGGCGAACAAGACGACUCUGUUCAGGAGCGUUCAGCAGAUGGCCUACAGCCUCAUGGAAUAUCGAUCUCAGAUAGUGUCAGGAACGCUGCCCAAGGAUGACCUUGUGGAGCUGAAGAAGAAAGUAACGGCCAAGAUUGAUUACGGGAACCGGAUUCUGGGGCUGGACCUGGUGGUGAGAGAUGAGGAGGGAAACACGCUGGAUCCUGACCAGACCAGUACGGUUAGUCUGUUCCGGGCACACGAGACCGCCUCCCGCAGCGUCGAUGACAGGAUACAAGAGGAGAAGACGCGACUGCAGAACCUGGAAACGAGGCGCCAGACCCUGUUCAGCACGGUGCACACCUACAGUUUGCUCAUGAACCUGAAGAACUUUGUGUGCAACAUCGGAGAAGACGCCGAGCUGCUCAUGUCCCUGUAUGACCCUGACCAGUCUGAGUUCAUCAGCGAGAACUUCUUGGUGCGCUGGGACAGUAUGGGGAUGCCUAAAGAAAUUGAAAAACUCAACAACCUGCCAGCGCUGUUCACGGACCUGAGCAGCAGCGACUUGAUGAGGCAGCGGCUCUUUCUCGUGUGUCAGAUCAUCAGAGUAGGCAGCAUGGAGCUGAAGGAGGGCAAGAAACACACCAGCGGACUGCGGCGGCCCUUUGGCGUGGCAGUGAUGGACGUUACAGAUGUUGCCCAUGGCAAAACAGACGACGAGGACAAACAGCAUUUCAUCCCUUUCCAGCAGAUAGCUAUGGAGACCUACAUCCGUCAGAGGCAGCUCAUCAUGUCGCCACUCAUUCCGUCUCGAGUCAUAGGAGAGAAUGAGCCGCUCACCGCUGUCUUCAACAAAGUCAUUGCCACGCGGGAGGUCAAUCACAAAGGCCAGGGGCUGUUUGUGACCCUGAAGCUUCUCCCGGGGGAUCUUGCCCAAGUCAGGAAAGACUAUCCACACUUUGUGGACCGCAGCACGGCUGUCGUCAGGAAAAUGGGCUUCCCGGAAAUCAUCCUCCCAGGAAACGUAAGGAACGAUAUUUACGUAACACUGCUGCAGGGAGAGUUUGACCGAGGCAAAAAGAAGACCCCAAAAAAUGUAGAGGUCAUACUGACUGUGCACGAUGAUGAAGGCAACCCCAUGGAGAAAGCCAUAUUUCCUGGGGCCGGUUAUGAGGGCGUCACAGAAUACCACUCUGUCAUCUACUACCAGGUGAAGCAGCCUUGUUGGAAUGAAACUGUGAAGGUGACGAUUCCAAUCGAGGACGUGUGCCGCGGUCACCUCAGGGUGAUGUUUCGACACAGGUCGUCGCAGGACUCUAGAGACAAGUCGGAGAAGCCCUUUGGAAUGGCCUUCGUCCGGCUCAUGAAAGGAGACGGCACCACACUGAAAGACGGCCGACACGACCUUAUCGUCUACAAGGUUGAUGUGAAAAAGACUGAGGAUGCAAAAGUGUAUCUCACGUUGCCAGCCACCUGGGACGAGGUGGAGGAGAGGGAGAAGCACACUGGGAAGCAGUUCCACCAUUCAGGAGUGAUUCCUGUGACUAAAGACAGCUUCCAGCUUGCAACGCUGACCUGCUCCACUAAACUCACACAGAACGUGGAUCUGCUCGGACUGUUAAACUGGAGGUCGAACCCCGAAGAUCUGGACCAGAUUCUUCGGAGGCUGAUGGAGGUUGAGGGCGGGGAGAUUGUUAAAUUUCUCCAGGACACUCUCGACGCUCUGUUCAACAUUAUGAUGGAGACGUCGGAGAAGGAUACCUACGAUACCCUGGUCUUCAAUGCCUUGGUAUUUAUAAUCACACUCAUUGGCGACAUAAAGUUCCAGCACUUCAACCCCGUCCUGGAAACUUACAUCAACAAGCACUUCAGUGCCACUUUGGCUUAUAUGAAGCUAACCAAGGUGCUUAACUACUACGUGAGCCACGCCGAGGAGCCCAACCUGACGGAGAGGCUCUACGUAGCACUCAAAGCUCUAAAAUACCUCUUCAGGUUUAUUGUGCAGUCCCGCGUCCUGUAUCUCAGGUUCUACGGGAACAGUGAAGACGGCGACGCUUUCUUCAACUCCAUCCGCACUCUUUUCUUGUCGUUCAACACUCUCAUGGACAGGCCGCUCGAUGAGGGAGUGAAGAUAAAGGGGGCAAUAUUGAAAUACCUCCCCAGCAUCAUUAAUGACACUCAGACUGUGUUUGAUCCCGUGGAGCUCAGCGUUCUCCUCGCGAAGUUCAUCGAGAGCAUUCCCGACUCUCAGCUCGUGCGUCAGAAGCUGGGCUGCAUGUGUAAAAUGGUGGAGAGUGACCUUUUCCGGCAGCCAGAUUGUCGGGAUGUGCUGCUGCCGCUUGUCACCGAUCAGCUGAGCGGGCAGCUGGACGACCACUCCAGUAAGCCUGACCACGAGGCUUGCAUCCAACUGCUGAGUACGGUGCUGGACAACCUGGACCGCAACGAUGUGGGUCCGACCAGAGGACACGUGCAGCUGAUAAUGGAGCGGCUUCUUCGCAGGGUCAAUCGCACCGUCAUCAGCAUGGACAGAUCCUCACCUCUCAUUGGCCACUAUCUGGCAUGCAUGACGGCCGUGCUGCAGCAAAUGGAUGACAUGCAUUACGCCCACUACAUCGGCACCUUCAAGACGAGACAGGAUAUCAUCGACUUCCUCAUGGAAACAUUCAUCAUGUUUAAGGACCUCAUGGGAAAUGUCUUCCCCAUAGACUGGAUGAUCAUGAACCUGGUGCAGAUGCAGGUCUUCCUGAGGGCCAUCAAUCAGUACUCUGAUGUCCUCAACAUGUAUUUCUUGGACCAGGCACAUUUUGAACUACAGCUUUGGAAUAACUACUUUCAUUUAACCGUGGCUUUCCUCACCCACAAGACUCUCCAGCUGGAAUCCUUCUCUCAGGAGAAACGGAACAAGAUACUGAACAAAUAUGGAGACAUGCGGAAGGCCGUCGGGUUUAAGAUCAGAGACAUGUGGUACAAUCUCGGGCCUCACAAAAUGAAGUUCAUCCCAGCCAUGGUCGGGCCCAUCCUGGAGGCCACGCUGGUGCCGCAGCCUGAACUGAGGAAAGCCACCAUCCCAAUCUUUUUUGAUAUGAUGCAGUGCGAGCACAACUUCAGCCCCGGACGAACUUUUGAAACGUUUGAGAACGAACUGAUAACAAAAUUGGAUCAAGCGGUAGAGGGAGGUCGAGGGGACGAGCAAUACAAAGUCCUGCUGGAGAAAACGUUACUGGAGCACUGCAGACGUCACAGAUACCUGUCCCAGUCGGGAGAGGAGCUGGCUCUGCUGCUGAGCAGCCUGCUGGAAAAUCUUCUUGCAUACCGCACCAUCACACACGAUGAAAGUCCGGAGCACAGAAUGAGCUGCACCGUCAACGUGCUGAACUUCUACAAGGAGAAGAAGAGGGAAGACAUUUACAUCCGGUACUUGUACAAGCUGCGAGAUUUGCACCUGGACUGCGAGAACUACACAGAGGCGUCCUACACUCUGCUGCUACACGCUGAAUUACUGGAGUGGUCUGAAAAACCCUGCGCACCUCACCUGAUCCCGCGAGACGGGGAUCACGUGUGGACUCAGCAGGAGCUGAAAGAGAGGCUCUUCCAGGAGAUCAUCUGUUAUUUGGACAAAGGCAAGAUGUGGGAGAAGGCCAUUGAGCUGUGCAAGCAGCUGGCCAAGAUGCACGAGAGCCACAUGUUUGACUUCAUGGAGCUCAGCCAACUUCUGAUAAAACAAGCCCAGUUCUAUGAAAAUAUAAUGCACGCGAUGCGUCCACAGCCAGAGUACUUUGCUGUAGGAUAUUAUGGCCUUGGAUUCCCUUCCUUCCUCCGGAACAAGAUGUUCAUCUUCCGAGGCAAAGAGUACGAGUGGUUGGAGGACUUCAGCUUGAAGCUACUCUCCCAGUUCCCUAAUGCAGUGAGGAUGACCAGCACGGCGCCCCCUGCAGACAACAUCUGCAACUCCCCCGGACAGUACAUCCAGUGCUUUACUGUCAAGCCUGUGCUCACGGUGCCGCAGCAGUUUAAAGACAAGGGGGUUCCUGAGCAGAUAUUAAACUAUUACAGAACCAAUGAAGUGGACCAGUUCCAGUAUUCCAGGCCUUUCAGGAAAGGUGAAAAGGACCCAGAUAAUGAAUUUGCGACCAUGUGGAUUGAGAGGACAACGUACAUAACUGCAUAUCACUUUCCGGGGAUUCUGAAAUGGUUUGAAGUCAAAUCUGUCUCGGUGGAGGAGAUCAGCCCUCUGGCGAACGCCGUGGAAACAAUGGAGAUGGCCAACGAAAAGCUGAGCAACCUCGUGCAGCAGCAAGCGUGUGACCGCUCCCUCUCCAUCAACCCGCUGUCCAUGAUGCUCAGCGGCAUCGUCGACCCGGCAGUCAUGGGCGGCUUCUCAAACUAUGAAAAGGCGUUCUUCACCGACACCUACAUGCACGAGCAUCCCGAGGACCACGGGCGGAUCGAGGUCCUUAAACACCUCAUCGCUCUGCAGGUCCCUCUCUUGGCAGAUGGAAUUCGCAUUCACGGCGAGAAGGCGACGGACCAGCUGAAACCCUUGCACAACCGACUGGUCACUUGUUUCCAAGACCUUCGAGAAAAAGUGGAGAAGCAGUACGGCGUCAUAACCUUGCCGUGCUCGCUCGCCGAGAAGAAGAAGAGCCGCGUGGGUUCAGUGGUGAUGCCCUACAUCCUGUCCUCCACCCUGCGCCGCAUGUCCACGGUCUCGACCCUCUCCAACGCGUCCUCGGGCCUCUCCAGUGGCUCCGCCUCCUCGGACGGGCCCUCCUGCAUUUCCUCCCAAGACAGUUCCUUGUUGUCCCACCCCAGCGAUCGCAGGGUCUCUGUUCUGUCCCGCUCGGAGGAGGACAACAGGAUUGCUCGAAAGAACAGAAAGGAGUGGAGCGUGAGCAAAUCCCAGGUCUUACUGGAGCGGCAGUCAGACACUGACGAGUUGCCUCCAGAGAAGCAGCAGAGGCCCAAGAGUUUGCAAAUAGGAGACAGGCGGCUUACACUCUCGUUGUUCCAGGGUGUUUCGUCCCAGCUCAGCCUCUCCAACCCUCUUAGUCCGCUACCAGCCUCUCCGCACACUCCACACACACCACGCAGCUCCAGUUAUUCAUCACUAUUCAGUGACAAUGAUGCCAGCACCAUUGACACUCCAGGGACCCCUCCACCCAUGCCUCCCAAGAAACACCCACAUGAGAGUGACAUUCCCAGGUUCUCGUCUGAGUUUACUCCUCCGCUGCCGAUGAAAAUUGAGAGCAAGCCCCCGCCGCCACCUCCAAAAACACGCAAGUCGAUGUUCCCUUCCUACGAGCACUCUCCCCAGUAAAGCUCCACACCAGUGCCUUCGAGCACAAGAGUUGGCAGUGAUGGGGGAAAAAAAAAAAAAAAAUGCCGUCUCAUUUGUGGCUUUGUGAUAAUUCAAACAUCAGCGUAUACGGAUGCGGAUCCAUGUCCGUGGGAUGUUAUAUUUGCAGGAUUUCCAGCAGAAAUGUGUUCUGUCUGAUGCAAGCUGGUGAUAGUUCCAAGUAUUUCUUUGUCCUCGAGUUUCGGCUGCUUCCUUUUUUAAGCUGCAAGGACGGAUAUGUGGUGGAAUUAUUGUCAUUAUAUCAUCAGUUUCCUUUCUUUUUCUCUGUGUUUGCAUUGUUGUACACUCUACAACAAUGCAAACACAGAAAAACGGAUGAUCUGGAUGCACAAGUUCACUAUAGUCUUGUGCUCUUUAAGAGAUAGUGAAACCUUAAUUAGAUGCUUUAUUUUUUAAAAGAAAAGUUGCUUUAGUGUUUUUACGACUUGCAGGGAAAAGGAACGACCAAUGUUGCCAUGUAAUGUUUAAUGUUUAUGUAUUGGAGUGACACUGGAUACCUUUCUUUGUUAUUUUUUUACCAUUGCUGUUCACUGGCAUUCCAUUUUUGAACAGGAUAAAGCUGCAUUAUACUCAAACUUGAUCAAAAGCAGGGAAUACAAUGCACAGAAUGUAUGUACGCGAUAUUUGGAAAUGUCGAUUUCUGAAACACUGGAUAGCAUUAUUGAAUGUGGCACAGUUUAUGCUUUUGUACUAAAUACUGUAACUGACGCUUCCUGGCUGCGUCACACUGAUGCUCAUGUUCAGCCGAAGUGCAUUGUGGGCCUUACAAAGAUGUGGAAAAAAAAAAAGAGAGGUACCACCAUGAUCAAUACCGACACACAGAGCUGGAGACGGCAGCAGGUUAUGGCGCUUUUCCAUUACU